GUCCAGGCGCAAAACCCCAUUAGGUUGGAAAGGAAGCAGAGGGCUAAGAGAGAAAUUAGACUGAAAGGUUUAUGGUAGGCAGAGUUCAGUAAAUGUUGAAUAGUUAGUAAAAGUAAAACAAGAGAAAGAGAAAAAGUACCAGAGAGCAGGAGACUGAAGGUGAGAGAGAGAGAGAGAGAGAGAGAGAAGUUGUGAAAGAAUGGGCUCUCCAGUGCUGUAUGUGAUUUUUCUCUCUGCACUGCUGUAUCUCUCUAGUCUCUCUAACGUACAGACUCAGGAGCUGGAGGAUCAAGAUGCCCUGUGCAAUGAGAACAGCUGUUUAGUAAUCUACUUUCAGCGCAAAACUUUCCUGGAUGCCUGGCGCAGCUGCAAGAAACAGGGUGGCAACCUUGUUACCAUCAAGAGUGCAGCAGAGGAAAACCUAAUAGAGACUCUCUUCUCUAACCUGGAACCAACAGAAAGUAACCAUAUGUUUGUGUGGAUUGGUUUGCAAAGGCAGCCCCGUAAGUGUGCUCCCGGCCGUCCCAUGCGAGGCUUCGCCUGGGUUACUGGGGAGCAAGAUACCCAGUACAUCAACUGGCAGCAAGCGGACUUUCAAAACACCUGUUCAUUUCCACGUUGUGUGAGCAUAGGUUACAGUACCUCUGCUCAAAAAAGCCAGGACAACUUCAAGUGGAAAGAUGGACCUUGUUCAAUCCCUGUGGAUGCCUACUUGUGCAGGUACACUUUUUCUGGCAUGUGUCAAGCUAUUUCAAAUGAAGGGUAUGGAAAUGCACUGUACACAACCCCAUUUCACCAUGUCACCUCACUUUUGACUCACAUUCCAUUUGGGUCAGUUGCAACUGUACCCUGCCUAACUAACGGUGACCAAACAGUACUGUGUAAUCAAAGAGAGGAUGGGACUGUGGAUUGGAACAGAGAUCCUCCUUUCUGUGCUGAUAUUUCCAAGACAAGCUGGUGCGAUAAGGAUAAUGGUGGCUGCCACCAUGACUGCAUAGAAGAUGGCAAUCACUACUACUGUGAUUGUAAGGAAGGCUUUCUCUUGGCUGAAGAUGGAAUGAGCUGCUUUCAUCCUGACCCCUGUCAAGGAUCUCGCUGCGAAUAUGAGUGUCUGACAGUAAUGGACAGUUAUCGCUGUGCCUGCCCAGAUGGUUACAUGCUGGCACAAGAUGAGCAUGGCUGUCUGGAUGUCAAUGAGUGCUUGCAAAGUCCAUGUGAACAGAUCUGUGUAAAUACACAAGGCACCUUUGAGUGUCACUGUUAUAAUGGCUAUAAACCUGGUGAGGAGGGAACUUGUACGGAUGUAGAUGAGUGUGCAGAGUCUCCAUGUCAACAUGAAUGUGAGAAUGUAAUAGGUUCUUAUAUAUGUCAUUGUCACCAUGGUUUUGCUCUGCUUCCGGGGGAUCCAAAUCGCUGCGACGAUAUUGAUGAAUGUCAAUAUGAGGGAUUCUGUGAACAAAUGUGUAUAAAUUACAUUGGGGGAUUUCAAUGCUACUGUGAAGAGGGCUAUGAUCUCCAAGAUAACCUAUUUUCAUGCAGACCCAGUUAUGAGCAGCAAUCUUCCACAGUACCUGCAUCCAUCCUCUUGAUCACAGAUCCUACCACCCAUAUGGCAGAUCAUCGAGAACCUAAUUACUACAAGCCACGUGAAAACGAAUCCUUGGAUUGGCUUACUGAGCUUCCUAAGGUGGAGAUGGUUCCCACUGACCUUCUGUGGCUCACUCAUGCAACCCAGGAGGUGACUGAAACCACUUCACCAACUCAGAGCCCUACUAGCAUCAUUAACAUGAAAUUGGAUAACGUAGACCAACAAACAGUUGCAGUGGAUGCCUUUUUAUCUUCCUCAACUUCAACUCCACUGUCAGAAUAUUAUGAGGAUGAAAGUACCACAGAAUUCACAGUGUCCCCCACUACUACUGUAACAGAUGAUGCUCAGCAAUGGACGUGGUUCAGUCCUAGCUCAAAUAAGUUUGACAAAGAGGGAACUACACAGAGUUCUUUCAUUGCUGACACAGAAUAUAAAACUGAUGAGAAAAAUCUUGAUAAUGGCAGCCAUGAAUAUGAAUCUACAACCUCUUACACUGAAUUGCAAACCCUUACACAGGCCCUCAUAUCUACUCAGGGAGCUAAGGAUGACAACAGCAACAAGCAGACUGAAGGCAGCAGCUGGUUGCUGGUUGGAUUGUUGGUACCGCUCUGCAUCUUUAUUGUGAUAAUGGUGGCACUGGGUAUCAUCUACUGUACUCGGUGUGCCUCUAAGCCACAGAAUAAGAAUGCCACUGAGUGUUACCACUGGAUUGCUGGUGCUGGUGAUAAGGCAGCUGCUGAUAUGACAAGCGGUGGCGUAACAAAGGUGUAACCAGACUGUGUCAGUACAAGCAGAUGAACAUACACAUGUACAGAUUUUAACAAUAUUUCCAGCAGAUGGUAGGACAAGGAAAUUAGAUGAAGAACUGUCUUGUGUCAAUUCAGUCCUCAGUUAUUAAUGGUGGAUAUUUAAAUGGAAUAUCUGUCAGUGAUAAGACAGAGGAAAUGGGAGGAACUGGGAAACCUCUAACACUGUUUCUCUGCUGUACUCUGCUGAAAGAGAAAGGAACCUGGUGUUUUAUUUCUUAGCCUCCUCACCCUACCUGUGACGCGGUUGCUUAACUGUUGCAGUGUAGCAGCCACAAGGUCAUAGCUAAUGUGAAAAGACACCUUAGCCUUGUUUCACAUAUUUAUUUUUUGUGUUUGACACAGCAUUUUCAUCAGAAUAUUGUUUGUGCCUCACAAUAGCCUCAGAGAAGUGUCAUUUUUGUGACUCCUGCAUUUGCCCUGAUAUUGAGAUGUACUACUUGUUUCGACUGUCUGAGCCAGAUCCAAUGGAUGACACUUUUUAUUUUGCAACUCAGAUAUGGACAAAGUGUGUGAUUGUUAGUCAUCACCAUGCUCUCCUCUGUGACCGAGUCAUUUUUAACAAUCAGCUAUUAGUGUGAGGUAAUGGUUUAUUCAUAGCAUGCCCAAAGCAAAUCAUGACAACCUUAUUAUUAAGUCACAUGCUGUAAACUUGAAGGAAAUUAACUGAGAUGGAGUCCAAAUGAAUAUAUGCCUCUGAGGUUCAAAGUCGUUAUUAUUAUUAUUUUUUUUAUUUAUGCAUAUUCCUAGUGGUGUCAUCAUGCUCACACAUGUACAAAACAUCUGAUCAGAAGUACAUGGAUGAUAUUAGUAUGUGGCCAAGCAAACAAUGUCAAAAAUAGUUUUAAUCUGUAAAUAUUGGACACUUUAGCUUAUGAACACUCAUUGUUGGGUUAAUUCAUUAGCUUCAUUCAGUUGUGCUCAUUAAAGUAAGUAUGAUUCCACUUGGCUAAUGAUUUCAUUGUACCAGAGUUUAACUAUUUCCUAAUUUGUUAUAUAUAUGGGAUCACCAAACUGAAAAUGUCCUCAAGUCACCCUUUGCAGCUCUUUGAAGAUAAAUGCAGGCAUCAAAUGACACAAAUAUUCAUGAUAUAAUUUUUAAGUGUUCUUUUAUGUUACGGUGCAUAAUCACAUUUGAACACUAUCUCAUCUCAUUAUCUCUAGCCGCUUUAUCCUGUUCUACAGGGUCGCAGGCAAGCUGGAGCCUAUCCCAGCUGACUACGGGUGAAAGGCGGGGUACACCCUGGACAAGUCGCCAGGUCAUAACAGGGCUGACACAUAGACACAGACAACCAUUCACACUCACAUUCACACCUACGGUCAAUUUAGAGUCGCCAGUUAACCUAACCUGCAUGUCUUUGGACUGUGGGGGAAACCGGAGCACCCGGAGGAAACCCACGCGGACACGGGGAGAACAUGCAAACUCCGCACAGAAAGGCCCUCGCCGGCCACGGGGCUCGAACCCGGACCUUCUUGCUGUGAGGCGACAGCGCUAACCACUACACCACCGUGCCGCCCCCAUUUGAACACUAUGCUGCUUUAAAAUUUACAACAGGUAAAAAUAAAAGGAAUUACACAAAGCAUGCUCAAUAAGUUGUGGGAAUAUAGUUGUGCAAUGUUUAAAGUGAAACAUGUGCAUAACUCACUUAUUUCAUAUUGCAAUUUAAACUGAAUGGUCCAGACUACAGAUAGUAAAUAUGGACAGUAAUAUACCAUUUCUACCCCAUGUGUGUUUAGCAUUAAGGGGGAAUAAAACUUUUAGCAGGUUUUCCAGAAUUUUCGUGCUUUUCAGUAGUAAACAUUUAUUUGUCUUCAGUUACUGCGUUUUCCUGGCAGGGUGCAUCCGAGUCUAUCCCAGGAACACUGGGCGUGGAAUGGGAACACAUAAUGGAUUAGAUGCCAAACCAUCACAGGCCACUGUCCACACACACAUUCAUACCUAGUGGCAAUGCAGAGUAAUCAGUACACCUACUAGCAUGUUUUGAGAGGGAGGAAAAUGGAGAACCCAAAGGAAACCAGUGUGGACACAGAGAGAACAUGCAAAACUCAACACAGGCGGUAACCUGAGCUCAGAUUUUAAACAGGGAUCCUGGUGCUGUGAGGCUCCCAGUAGUGAACAUAUGGAACUAAAUGCUUUGUUUAUUCGCUCUACUAGAUUGAAGCAUGAAAAAUUCUAAACGGUAUAUUGUAAAUUGGGAGGUUACCAUACCUCUAAAUAAGAGUGCAGAAAGAUUUUUGCACGUUCUGUAAAUAUGUCAAGUCUUUAUGCUUUAUGGCACAUAUUGUAGAAACCAAGCAGUCAUGUAAAUCCAAUUCUUUGUGUAUUUCCUGCCAAAAACAGUGUUUAUCAGAGACCACAGCAGUUAGAAGUUUUGUACACAUGUUCGUGUGAAGGGCAGGAGGAUUCCAGCAAGCAAGAAUAUUUUGGCUCAACACCAGAAACAAACCCAAAAUAAACAUGCAUACAUAAUGUAUGGUCUUCUUUGUUGAGUAGAAGCUUUGUGUAGGUUGUGAGUGUGCAUUGAUUUUACUGCAUAAUGUAUUCAUCUCUAACUUCUAAAACCUAAUUCUGACAGAGCAGUAACAUCUGCAUAGUACUCAGAGUUAAGUAUUUCAUGUAGAUGGAUGUUAUGUUGGAACAGAGAAGAAGAUUGAUACAAAAGUUGCAUCCAUAUAAUAAAUAUUUGUGGCAUUUGUCUUCUGUCUGUCCACAAAGAGUGUUUGUGAACAUAUUCAGUUUGCUACCUGAAGUCUCUGGCUAUAUAUCAGAUCAGUGUAUUGAUUCAGUCACCUUGUGGUUGAAAUCUCAGUGAUGACAAAUUCUAAUGACAAAUUUUAUUUACUUCCAAUGCUAUUUAUUAUGUAUAGACUAUAUCCACUAUUGUGGCACAGUUGAAAUGUACCACAAUACGAUACAGCUUUUCACUUCAUUCAAAUGGAAGCUCUGAAAAAUGUAACAUUUCUGUGAUAAAUCUAGCUGAACAAGUUGAUGAAAUUGAAAACUCCCAUACUUACGUUUGUGAGUUUAUAUCGUUUCGUACAAAAGUUUGGUUCUUUGGCUUUCAACCUCAUCUGCUAUUAAUUUUGCAUAGGUUUGGGAUUUGGGACAACAAAAUGAUUUAGAGGGCCAUUUGAAUGAGUUACAUAAAAUAUAGUCUCGACCCACAGCUCAGGCACAAUCCAACAGUAAAACUGUACCUCUAUUCUGUAUAAGAGCAGUUAUUAAAUGAGGCCCUUGACUUGAGGCUGUCUUUCCAUUUCCUGUCAGAGGAUUUGGGUUCGCUGUAUUGUACCUGAUUGGAGUAUGGAGGCAUUGUUUUUUGCAUUGUGUUUAAUCCAGCACUUAGUGCUCCAAAACAUUUUGCUCAAAUUAAGCUUCAAUGGUGUUGUUAUAAGGUUAUAUAGGUUAUAUAUUAUUAUAUAUGUUAUGCAUCAUGCUCAGACUUUAGUGCGUUGUGAUUAGUAUUGUGUUAGUACUAUGUAGACAUGUCGUACUUGAGGCUUUCAACAUCUGGACAGUUUCAUCUCUCAGCCCUGUGUACUGCAUUGGCUUCAUUGUUUUGGUCUCUUUAUUAACUCAGUAUGUUUCUGCUAAAAUUCUCAUAUAUUCCUCUGAUGGUGUCAAUAUUGUAAAUUCAUGCUAAAUUUGUAUUCAAGGUGUAAAGUGGUUAAAGUUACAGAGACAGGCAUGGCUAGUGGUUGUUGCUUUUCUUACUGCUUUGGUAAUUUGAAAUCUCAUGAACUUACUUUAAUUUACUAUACUGAAAUAAACUGUAAAAUUAAUUCCAAGGAACCGUCAGUACAGACUUCAUUUAUGAACAUAAUCCAACUGUUCAAAUAUUAGGUUAAUAUACAGUACCAGUCAAAAGUUUGUAC